AAUGAUGCUUUAAGAGCCUUGGGCAGGUUUGAGAGCCUGAACUUGUUUUCCCUCUCUUACAGUCGAGUCAUCCUGCCUGUAUCUGUAGAGGAGUAUCAAGUAGGACAGCUGUAUUCUGUGGCUGAAGCUAGCAAAAAUGAAACAGGUGGUGGAGAAGGCGUGGAGGUCCUGGUGAAUGAACCCUAUGAGAAGGACGGUGAGAAAGGCCAGUUCACACACAAGAUCUACCACUUACAGAGCAAAGUGCCCGGGUUUGUUCGAAUGCUGGCCCCAGAGGGAGCCCUGAAUAUACAUGAAAAAGCAUGGAAUGCCUACCCUUAUUGCAGAACUGUUAUUACAAAUGAGUACAUGAAAGAAGACUUUCUGAUUAAAAUUGAAACCUGGCACAAACCCGAUCUUGGCCAGCAGGAGAAUGUGCAUAAACUGGAGUCUGAGUCAUGGAAACAUGUGGAAACCGUAUAUAUAGACAUUGCAGAUCGAAGCCAAGUACUUAGCAAGGAUUACAAAGCAGAGGAAGACCCAGCAAAAUUUAAAUCUAUGAAAACAGGCCGAGGACCCUUGGGCCCCAAUUGGAAGCAAGAACUUGUAAAUCAGAAAGAGUGCCCAUACAUGUGUGCAUACAAACUGGUUACUGUCAAGUUCAAGUGGUGGGGCCUGCAGAACAAAGUGGAAAACUUUAUACAUAAGCAAGAGAAGCGUCUGUUUACAAACUUCCACAGGCAGCUGUUCUGUUGGCUCGAUAAGUGGGUUGACCUGACCAUGGACGACAUUCGAAGGAUGGAAGAGGAGACGAAGAGACAGCUGGAUGAGAUGAGACAAAAGGACCCAGUGAAAGGAAUGACAGCAGAUGACUAAAGCCACUCCACUCCCUUCUGCACUUUUUGCAAGACAGUGGUCAACAGGAAGGCCCAGCAGCUCCACCCUCCCGAGUGACAGGCCAUCUUCGGACGCAGCCUUUCUGUGCCCAUUCUUCAGGCAACUUUCGAUCCCUUACUAUAGCUAAUUCUAGACGCCCUUGAAUAUUGUGAACAAAUAGACCCUCUGGUAUUAUGAAGCCCGUGUGUGCAGGAGCCUGCUCCUCCGAGAUAUGUGGCGUGGAGGUUGCUGUAUUUACAGCUCCUCCCUCUCCAGCCAUUGUGUUCUCAACCCAUUUCUGUGUGCCCCCCCCGCCCUUUAUUUUCAAGUGACAUUGUUAGUCUUUCAAAAUAGCUGCCUUUUGUGAUGUGGUGAUUUAAUCGAUUUAAGUUUGUUUGUUUUUAGCCUUGGGAUAAACUGAGGUAUUUUGCUUCCUGAACAGAUCUUUGCAAUUUUGAGUGCUCACCUGGGGAUGAGUCAGAAAUAGUUUUCCCCCUAGUUCCACAGAACAGCAAUGUAGCUUCAUAACUCUGACCUCUGCUCCCAGUAACCCAUUGUUAGAGUGCUCUAAGCACCAAAGAAAUACCCAAGGCCCAGCCAGCCUCUGCUUUGAAAAUUUAACAAAUACAAAUAACCCCUGCCCCAGGCACUGCACCUCUGGUCACUAGUCUUAGAAAUACCUAUGGGUUCUCAGCCCACCUGUUGCCCACUCUGUCUUUGUCUCUGCAGAUAUGCCAGGGCCAGCUCUCCACCUGGAGGGGCCUGUCCAGUGUGACCCUUAGAAUCGAGCCUGCCCUAUAUACACUAGUCUGCCCCCCGAGGAGCUCUGUAUGUCCAUGCUCCUCUUCCCAUUUGGGCUGGUGCUGUCACUCAGCAAUAAUCCUCUUUUUUCUGUGCUUUCUUAGAUUCUUGUCCUCUGUCUUUGAGGCUGGUCAGGACACAAGAGUCCUGAUCUUUUCAUGCUGCACAAAAUGAGCAUGCAAAUAGCUUCUUCCCAGCCGAACAUGUUCCCUCUUGUCUCCAGUUGCUGGAAAGGAUUUGGGAAUCAAGAACUCAGUUCAUCCUGCCCCCAAGCUGAGUUCUGUCCUGGACAAUCAAAAGCAAGUAGUGACCACAGUACAGAACUCUACCAAAGUAGGCCAGUGAGGGUGUCCAGGUUCCAGGGGAACAAAAGCCACUGAGCGCUUCAUACUUUCCUACAACUUGGCAGAACCUGGGUAUGCCUUCCCCAUGGGAGAAUCUGAGAUAGCUGUGGUGUCACCUAACACUUCCCAAACCCUGUGAAGUAAUGUUGGCCAAGUGUAUAGUGAUCCAAGCCCAUGCUAGCCUGGGCACAGCUGCUAAUGAGAGAAACCAAAUCUCUGUUGGUAGAGAAGUGGGAUGGGAAAAUUUAUCCUCAAAUUUUUGUUCAUUUGUUUUGCCUUAUUUCUAAGUGCAAUAAGGGAGUCUCUCACAGGACUGCACCUGUGACAUCCUGAAGGAUGCUUCCCUGUGGCCCUCCUGGGGCAAAGGUGGACAGACUCAGACUCCUCAGAAUGGUUAGCUCUGACCUUCGAGGCCUGUUACACCUUCCUUUUAGUGUCCUCACCUUGUGGGGUCUAUAGUAGUAAGGGAUUUGGUGUGCAGUUCAGUUGGUUAUUAACAUCCCAACUGCUAGUAGCAUUUAUUUUGACUGGAAAAAUUGAAGAGGCGUUCCUGUUGGAGAAAAAUGUGAAUGUUCUCCUACAAGCACUGCAUUAGCUAUAAUUAUAUUUGUGCUUAACAUUCCCCCUUCUUCAUCAAUUAAGUGAAGUCCAGAUGUGGGUUAUCCUGGGAGAAACAACUGGUAAUAUUCUAAGCAGUUGUUUAGGUGGUUUGAGGGUCAGAUGUUAGUCUUCUUCCUUCAGCUCUUCUCUGAGAUUCACACAUAUCACUCCAGCUCUGGUGAGGACUCACUCUUUAUCUGCCUUUUCUCUGGCUCCUUCCACCUUCACCUGUUGCCCAGUAUGAAAGCAUCCACAUGAGCUGAGCUAGAAUUUCCUGGAGUCGGUUAGGUCUGGGGCUGCAGCCCAUAUAAGCAUAAGGAGGGAUUUCUCCGGUCUAUUCCAUCCCCACAGAUGGUGUUGCUGCUGGGCAACAGUGUAGUCUUCUAAGUAUCCCCUUUCCCUCUUCACAUCCCCCCAAAGUAGCUAGUCCUCAGAGGGGCUUAUGAUGAAAGACUCAGCUCCAGGGUAGUGCCUGAGGAUGUGCCCCGCCCCUUCAGAUCAGCUGCUUCCUUUCGUUUCCAGGGUCACAGCCCCGGCUGGAAGCAGCAGUGCCUCUGUGGGAGGGGCGCUGGGCUCUGCCCUUCUCAGAGAGAGAGAGAGGUCAGGGACAGGUCAGUAUUCUUGGCAGGCGUGGAUCUUCCCAAGUUCUCUUACAGUCCCUACUGGGACUCCCUGACUUAUUUUGGUUGGUUUCUAGUGCUACUUCUUUUACAAAAUACACUUUGUAGACUUGAUUAGAUUACUUUAUUUAAUGUGAGUUUGUGCCUUUUUGUCUCAAUCUUCCAAUACAGGUAUAUUGGGGGGAAAGCAGUCUAAUAAAAUCCUAGACAGAGCUU